ACCUCCGAGUCCGCCGUCUUUGUGAGGUCAACACGCCAUCCGUUUCAUAAAAUUGUUUUAUAUAUACAUAUUUUUCCUAUUCGAUAGAUGUUCACAUAAAGGUAGGCUAUUCCUACAUUGGUUAGUACCCGUUGGUUAGUACCCGCAUGUACUUAUUGAACAUUUGCACACCUAGUUUGAAACAAUUAAACAGUGGGAUAAGAAAAUUGUAAUCAGACAUUUAAUUAUUAGUUAGGGAAAUCAUUAUUAUUUCAUUAUCAUUAUUUCACACUUCACUGUCACCACCUCGUGCGUGAGCCCCAUGUGAGCCAACAGCGCCAGCCUAGCGGUGGACUGAACCUCUGGGUCGCUGCGCCCUCACAGCGCCAUCUAGCGUUGGACUGAACCUUCGGUUGCUGCGCCCUCCCUCCUCCCACGUAGUCAUUCUGGGAGCCGAGGGAUCAUAAAUACACGGCUGCAAGUUAUCCAAGUUUUUUCCCCCGGAUCCCAGUGUUUGUGGUCCCGGAUGCUAAAUGACUAUGUUGGACCAUUAAAUCACUGGAUUAUAAGAUUGAACUAUAAUUGACCAUUGGCUUUAACCCUGGGACCGUUUAUAUUCCGUGGAUGGACGAAAUAUUGAGCCUUUGGAGUUAGUGGAUGUUUACCCAGUCCGAAAGUGAUCGACAUUUACCGGUUGAAGUUUUCAAGAAGCAAGAAAUUAUUAAAAAAAUUAAAACAUUCUUCUAGGCCAAUUCUGGUCGCAUCGAGGCAACUUCGCUUCCGCAACACUCGGACGAUCGGCGAAUUAAAGAAAAGCCCUGCUCGGAUGAAAAAGACAUCUUCAUAAGAGACAAUAAUUUAUUUCUACCGAUUCAAUUUAAACUUAAAUUAUUUCUAUAACCAUGGCAAAAAAGUAUGAUUUCCUUUUCAAACUACUGCUGAUUGGUGACAGUGGAGUGGGAAAAACGUGUCUGAUCAUUCGUUUUGCCGAGGACAACUUCAACUCUACCUACAUCUCCACCAUCGGAAUUGACUUCAAGGUGAAAACCAUUGAGGUUGACGGAAAGAAAGUGAAACUACAAGUCUGGGAUACGGCAGGCCAGGAGCGCUUUAAGACCAUCACGACAGCUUACUACAGGGGAGCCAUGGGUAUUAUCCUGGUGUAUGACAUCACUGAUGACAAGUCCUUUGAAAACAUCCAGAACUGGAUGAAAAGCAUCAGAGAGAAUGCUUCAGCUGGAGUCAGUCAGAUGUUGCUGGGGAAUAAGUGUGACAUCGAGGCCAAGAGGAAAGUUACCAAGGAGACGGGCGAGAAGCUGGCAAAGGAUCAUGGGAUCAGGUUCUUCGAGACGAGUGCAAAGUCAAGCAUCAACGUUGACGAGUCCUUUAUGGCUUUGGCACUGGACAUCCUACACAAAUCCAGUAGGAAACCAGGGCAGAACGACCGGGUCAGAAUCACCAGCACACAAAAGAAGUCCUCCAAAUGUAAUCUCUUCUAGAUCCUCUCUUGUGUAACAAACACGUCACUACUAUCAUGUUUACAAGUAACAAAGCAGUAAACUACAACCACAGGGACAGAAGAAAACGAAAUGAGCACCUACUAUUAAUGUCACUUACUGUAAUUCAUAUUAUAGCAAGUAACAUGACCGGAGACAAUCAGAAAGACCCAUAAUCAGUGUUUCCUAAUGCUGUACCGGAGGUCUGCUGUUAAUGUUUGAGUACACUUAUGCCGCAUUCAGCACAAAGCAAUAACCCUUGUCUACCCCUGGUUUGACCCCAAUGGAUCAACCAUCUCAUGGUGGCAGAAAGUCUAGGAAUGACCCCAGCCUUAAGGUUCUGGGUUUAUCAUACCCCAAUAGUCCACCUGUAUGCAUCCCUGAGCAAGAUGCUAAGAAACACACCCUCUUCGCUAAGGUCGACCUUCAUAUCUCGACUCUCCAACGUAGAUUCAACAUUGAUCCCCCACUUAUCAUGACCCCCAGAAGCCAGAGUGAUGCUCAGAUAGGCUAAGUCGGAUCUGUAGUUACCGGAUGAUGGCAAUAUUAUAACCUUUUUAUUAUUAUUAUCUCAACCAUACUAUGGUUGGAUUAGGCCAAAAUGCUGAAUGAAUUUCCAUUCUGUAUCGAUUUUUCGGAAGCAGAUUUUUUAUUGUGAAAAUAAUAUGAAUGACCCACAGGAGAUCGGUAUGCUGUCUCCAUCUGGUGGCCAUAAUUAAUUCACUUUGAACUGUAAGACAACAACCAAAUGAGAAAAAUACUUUUCAGUUUUAUAUCUUUGGGUGGUUUACAGCAAAAUAUUCUUUGGACUAGAUCUCGGCUGAUUAUUCGAAAGUGUCAGUAUAAUUGAUGUCUAGUGAUACAGGAGUAGAGGAGUAGUUUAAACAGCAGCAAAGCGAUUAUUUCUCACAUAGGAAAUUGACCUGGCACUUCAGGACCAGUUUAUCAUAGAGCAGCCAAAUCCUGAGUUAAGUGUCGGCUGUUAAGAUAACAUGAAUUCCUUUAAAAUCUAUCUAGGAAAUUAUAUGGAAGUCCCAAGGACGUAUAGGAAAAAUAACACCUCCACCUACAGUAUUCCAUUAAGCUGAUUUGAGAGACUAGCAACUACUUUCAUGUAAAAUUGUAGGAUUUGGUUUUAUAUUCAUAAAAAACAUCUGGUUCGUUUCGGUAUCUCUGUUGCCAUUUCAGUUUUAUAGGCUAUAUUUGUAUUUCCUAAACAUCCUAAACCAUUUUUUAACAAGACAAAAAAAAAAAAAUACAUAAAAAAAUGCAGAUAUUUUUGGAGGCUCAAUCAAUCAAUUUCAAGCCUUAACCUCUUUGACAAUCUUUUGUUACAGGAAGUGCGUUCUUAUUGACAUUUAAUAAUAUUGAAUUCUGGAAGGAAAUCCUAAAUAAUUCAUAGAGCUUUUGAAGGUGUUAACUGAAUGCUAGGAUUUUUUCUUUUCACAUGUUGCAUUAUUUUCCUUUAGAGUCUUACACUUUUACAUUGAAUGGAAUACUAUUCCAGCGGACAUCGUACACCUCAAAUGUGUUUUACAUUUGUAGUGCAUUUUGCCGAUAUCUUCUUGGAGCCUUAAAAUAGGUGAAUAUUGGACCGACUAUAAUAGUGAAUGGUUUGGUAUUAAUGAGGGUGGGAAUGAGAUAGAAUAGAGGAGCAGAGACAAGUGCAAUAAGAGCAGAUGAGACAUCAUAGAAGAGAAUAUAUAGGCCUAUGGCUAAAGAAUAGAAGGAAUGAAAGAGAUAAGGAUGCAGAGACAUUCCCUUUUUAUAUCUUAACAUAAUUGUCUCGGCACUGUUGACUUCUAUUGUAUGUGCUUUUUUCAAUUCUUACAAUGGGUUCCCGUUUCUGUAAUACGUGACAAACAUUCAUUGUAUAGGCAUUCAUACAUUCAUUGUCUACUUUCUAUUGUCAAACACGAUACUCAAUAAAGUAAAAAAGGAAUGAGAAAAAUUAACAAAAAGCUGGUUUUAUGUAACAUUGUGUUUAUGAAAAUGUACCCCUUCAAAACGUCAUAACAACAUCUGUUCGACUCAAAAACAUUUGCGAUUUGGCCAUUGAAACAGCCCUUGUACCCUGAAGCUAUGGGAACCCACCUUCUCAGCAUCAGCACCACUACGACGACACGCGCACUGUGCCGCAUAUCCGUACUGACGUGCCUUGUCAUCACGUUGGGCAGGUAUCGGUUUGCAAACAUGAUACAAUUCGUUUAACCCCCAUUGCCUUAUUUAGACGAAUACACAUACCAGUACAUUGACUUGCUAUGUACCGGAUAUAGGCCUACACCACGUAUUAUUGAUGUUUUUGUGACGCACGGGAG